UUCUUUGCAGCCGGUCGGACGCACGCGUCCCAUACCUGCAUAGAGCUCCCUGCAUUAUUGAGGACCGUCCCUUAUCGAACGUCGCAAUAUCCCGCGCGCACUGCACCAAGAGGGAGACGAUACCGAAAAUAAUUCACUUCACUUCAACCAAAAAUAUUAUAAAGUCCAGUACUUCACAACCAUUAAUCGAAAUGUUUGUCAAAAGAAUGCGAGCAGUAAGGUUCCUCCUCCUUCUGUGCGCACUUUGCCAUCUGACCCUGGCUUUCCCCGCCCAAACAGGAUACUCAGAAGAUGACAACCGACAACUCCAGGUCACCAUCUCCAAGGCAACCCUGAUUUCCACUGCACAGCUAGGAGGCUCCAUCACAAUCCCAUGUAUGGUGUCCCUUUCCACUGGGCCCCACUCGUCCUCCUCGCCCCCCAUCCCACCCCGGGUCAAGUGGAGCGUGUUGCAUGAUGGGGAGCAUCAGGAGACAGAGAUCCUGGUGGCGCGGGGUCAAAGGGUGAAGGUCAACGAGGCCUACGGAGAACGAGCUUCCCUGGUCAACUUUGCAGACUCGCCCGAGGACCUCUCCCUCUGGCUGGGGGAGCUGCGCUCAACAGACACAGGGCACUACCGUUGCGAGGUGCAGCAGGGCCUGGACGACGCCAGCGACUUCACACAGAUCAAGGUCAAAGGUGUGGUCUUCCACUACAGACAUGCCUCUGGUCGCUAUGCAUUUUCGUUCAGUGAGGCCCAGGCGGUGUGCGAGAGCAUUGGGGCACACAUCGCUACUCCCGACCAGCUUCUGGCAGCCUAUUACGAUGGCUAUGAGCAGUGUGACGCCGGCUGGCUCGCUGACCAAUCUGUCAGAUAUCCAAUCCAAGUUCCCCGGGAAGGUUGCUAUGGUGACAUGGAUGGUCGCCCGGGAGUGAGGAACUAUGGGACACUGGAACCAGAGGAGCUGUUUGAUGUGUAUUGUUAUGUGGAGCAUAUUGAUGGGGAGGUGUUCCAUGGCUCUGCCCCUAAGCAGCUGUCGUUGAAUGAGGCUUGGGCGUACUGCGAGAAGGAAGGGGCAGAGCUGGCUACCACAGGGCAGCUGUACAUGGCAUGGAGUGAGGGUCUGGACCGCUGCAACCCUGGCUGGCUGUCUGAUGGCAGCGUGCGCUACCCCGUCAUCACCCCUAGAGCGCGCUGUGGAGGUCCACAGGCAGGGGUCAAGACCCUGUAUCGCUACAGCAACCAGACAGGCUUCCCUGAAUCCUCCAGCCGCCAUGAUGUUUACUGUUUCAGAGGUAAUGGGAAUCCUCACACGGAUGCCCCCAUGGACUACAUGGCCACUGAACCAGAGGACAUCGGACAAGAUAUUGUUGUUCUUAUGGAGCCUGCCGAGGAGCUCCAUCUGAGCCUGGAUCCAGAGCAAGUGGAGCGAGAGGCCCAGAGUGUCCUGCAAUCCCUCCGCGUCUUCCAGUCAGCUCCUGCUCGGGAGGACUUGCAAGGAUCUCCCCCUACUUCCAUGUCAAGCACAGAGGUGCCACUCACCCGUACAGCUUCCACCCAGGAUCUCCUCCAGCCUUUUGAUGAGACUUCACUUCCUGUAGAAGAACACUACCACUCCCAGCAUCCUACUUCACUUCCCAGCACCUCCAGUGAGCCAGACUCCCUUCACGAAGGAGACUAUCACUCCCAGCAUUCUAGUUCAUUACCCAGCACAUCCAGUGAGCCAGACUCCCUUCACGAUGGAGACUAUCACUCCCAGCAUUCUACUUCACUUCCCAGCACCUCCAGUGAGCCAGACUCCCUUCACGAAGGAGACUAUCACUCACAGAAUUCUACUUCACUUCCCAGCACCUCCAGUGUGCCAGACUCCCUUCACGAAGAAAACUAUCACUCCCAGCAUUCUAGUUCAUUACCCAGCACAUCCAGGGAACCAGACUCCCUUCACGAUGGAGACUAUCACUCCCAGCAUUCUACUUCACUUCCCAGCACCUCCAGUGAGCCAGACUCCCUUCACGAAGGAGACUAUCACUCCCAGCAUUCUACUUCACUUCCCAGCACCUCCAGUGUGCCAGACUCCCUUCACGAAGGAGACUAUCACUCUCAGCAUCAUACUUCUUUACCCAGCACCUCCAGUGUGCCAGACUCCCUUCACGAAGGAGACUAUCACUCCCAGCAUCCUACUUCAUUACCCAACACCUCCAGUGUGCCAGACUCCCUUCACGAAGGAGACUAUCACUCCCAGCAUCCUACUUCAUUACCCAACACCUCCAGUGUGCCAGACUCCCUUCACGAAGGAGACUAUCACUCCCAGCAUCCUACUUCAUUACCCAACACCUCCAGUGUGCCAGACUCCCUUCACGAAGGAGACUAUCACUCCCAGCAUCCUACUUCUUUACCCAGCACCUCCAGUGAGCCAGACUCCCUUCACGAGGAAGAUUAUCACUCCCAGCAUCCUGCUUCAUUACCCAGCACCUCCAGUGAGCCAGACUCCCUUCACGAAGGAGACUAUCACUCCCAGCAUCCUACUUCUUUACCCAGCACCUCCAGUGAGCCAGACUCCCUUCACAAGGAAGAUUAUCACUCCCAGCAUCCUGCUUCAUUACCCAGCACCUCCAGCGUGCCAGACUCCCUCCACGAAGGCAACUCCAGUUUCUACCGACUCGAACUGGAAACGAGCCCAGAAUUCCCAGAGCCGUCCUACAAGCCACACAUACAUUACCAGCCGAUGUCAGAGAUGAACCCGGAGGAACCCGACUACCAGCAGUCAGGCUCUUCCAAGCACUUCCAGCCAAUGCCAGAGACCAACCUGGAGUUGGAUCAACUGGAAGCCAACUACAGCACAACAGCAGGUAACCAGAGUCAUCGGAAGAAUGCACAAGAGACUACCAACAUGGCCUUUGACCCCAUAGAGAAUGCUACCGAGGCACGUGACCCCACCGCAGAGAGAAGACACAAAGAGUCGAUCGUGGGAGAACUUGAAGAGACAUCCAUCUCGACCGAAUCCCUGGGUGAGCUUGAUCCUCACCCAGUCUGGUCUACACUCUCCCCCCACGGAAGGGCAACCUCAGUGUGGUUGCCCUUGGAUGGAUCUGGAGAUAUGCAAGAGAUUGACCUAGGUGUCCACCAGGGAAUGCACACAGACAGAUCCCCCACCUCUGAACCCUCUGACUUCACCACUCACAUGUCUGCCUCCCCUGUAGCCACCAGCAUCUCCAGUGAGCAGCAGACAGGCGUUCCGCAUUUAAGCAGCAUCUCAUCUGGACUGGAUCAUUCUGAAGGGCUGGGACUGGAUGUGUACUCCACAGUAGCUGUGUACUCCACAGUCGGCCAUCCCCCAGGAACCUCCCAGGGAACUUCCUCCGCUAGACCUGAAGGCAGCACCAGUCUAGAUUUCGAGGGUAUCGUCAAUCCAGAGAGAUUGGAACCUUCAGGAGCAGUGGAGCUGGCACCAGGGGAGUCUGAUGAGGAGCACCUGGGGUCUGGAGAGGAAAUGGCUACAACUGAGUCUCCAGACCUGUCCACCACCUCCCAGCUGCCUGUCGAGUUUACCACAAUGGGCUAUCAAACAACGGCCAUGUCCAGAAUAGAGGUGGAUCCCACAACCACGGACCCUGAAGAAGACGGAAGUGGACAUGAGCCAGGCACUGAUGAACCGUCCCUCAGAGAAAAAGUUACAGUCUUCCCCCUUGAGUCGCAAACAACCAGUUGGGAUCUGCACCGUACCACCUCUGCACCCCAAGAGUCUCAGGACGACCUUGAAUACAGCGGGGAACCCCUUUCCACCUCUUCCCAGACAGAGUUUCCAGACUCCUCAGCAGAACCUGAACGGUUUGGGUCAGACUCCUUGUCCACCUCAAGUACAGAUCCCACCGCUGCCACUAUGUCCACAUCCACCGUGUACACAUCCACAGAGUGGGCUACACGGACCUGGAGCCCCGUCACCUCCACUACACAAAGUCCCCCAGAGCCAGAGAGGGUGACGGCUCUUAUGCCCCCUGUGGAUCAUGGCAAGAUGGAUCUGGAAUUCGGCCUCACCCAGCCGCCAACCCUGCUCAUCUUGCCCAAUGAGAGAGCUGCUGUGGGCAGUUCCAGGAAGAUUUCAGAUGCCUGUCUGGAGGACCCCUGUGCCAACGGCGGCACCUGUGUCGAGAUGGGCGGGAGCACCAAAUGCCUCUGUUUGCCCAGCUAUGGAGGUGACCUCUGUCAGAUGGAUCUGGAGCAGUGUGGGGGGGGCUGGCAGAAGUUCCACGGGAACUGCUACAAGCACUUCAACCAGCGGCUGAGCUGGGAGGUGGCGGAGCAGCACUGUCGCAUGGUGGGGGGCCACUUGGUGUCAAUCAUAACCCCUGAGGAGCAGGACUUCAUUAACAAUAACUAUAAGGAGUAUCAGUGGACUGGACUGAACGACAAGACCAUCGAGGGGGAUUUCCGCUGGUCCGAUGGCAACCCAUUGCUCUAUGAGAACUGGUACAGGGGCCAGCCUGACAGUUACUUCCUGUCUGGAGAGGACUGUGUGGUGAUGGUGUGGCAUGAUGCCGGGCGCUGGAGUGAUGUGCCCUGCAACUACCACCUGGCCUACACCUGCAAGAAAGGCACCUCUUCAUGUGGCCCUCCCCCCAAAGUCCGGAACGCAUCUGCGUUUGGCAGAAUCCGCCAGAGGUACGAGACAGACGCCAUUGUGCGCUACUACUGUGCCCAGGGCUUCCAGCAGAGACAAAACCCUCUGGUCAAGUGCCUGCCAGGUGGAAAGUGGGAGGAGCCCCAGAUCCUCUGCAUUCCUGGGGCAGGAAACACAGCACAGGUAGCAGGAGUAACAUCACCAACAACAGGAAACCAGGAGCUGACUGAAGAGGAAUCAUAAA